AUCGCGUUUGGGAACUUGAUGCAUAAAAUUUGCAUGAUUCCUCACUCCUUUCUGGAUCUGUCAUUGGACUCCAGCCAGCAUGGCUCACGCCACAAAGGUUAACGGCUGUGCCUCAGGAAAAACAGAUGAUGUUCUGAACGGAGAUCCUGACAAGGAACAGAAAGAUCCUUACUUUGUGGAGACCCCCUAUGGUUAUCAGCUGGACUUAGACUUCCUCAAGUACGUGGACGACAUAGAGAAAGGAAACACCAUCAAGAAACUCAACAUCCAGAAGAGGCGGAAGCCGUCGGUGCCAUGCCCUGAAAGCAGGGCCGUGCCCGGUCAGCAGGCUGUGUGGACUUCCACGGAAUCCCUCUCGUCCUCCAACAGUGAUGACAACAGGCAGUGUCCUCACUUCCUGGUAGCCAGAAGCCACGUUACGUCGACUCCCAUCCCAAGGGCCCCUGCCCCUCUGGAGACCUCACCCCCUUUCCUUACCAUCCCAGAAAGUCGACAGCUGCCACCACCCUCCCCUCAACUCCCAAAGCACAACCUUCAUGUCACCAAGACGCUGAUGGAGACCCGGAGGAGACUGGAACAGGAGAGAGUCACCAUGCAGGUGGCCCCGGGUGAGUUCCGCAGGCCCAGGCUGGCCAGUUUUGGAGGCAUGGGCUCCACGAGCUCGCUCUCCUCCUUCAUGGGUUCCGGAAACCACAAUCCUGCCGCGCACCAGCUUCAGAAUGGAUACCAAGGCAACGGUGAGUACAGCGGCUAUGCCCCAGCCGUGGCCACCACGUCGUCCAUGGGGAGCUCCAUCCGCCACAGCCCCCUGAGCUCAGGGAUCUCCACGCCAGUGACCAACGUGAGCCCCAUGCACCUGCAGCACAUCCGCGAGCAGAUGGCCAUUGCCCUGAAGCGCCUGAAGGAGCUCGAGGAGCAGGUGCGAACCAUCCCCGUGCUCCAGGUGAAGAUCUCCGUCUUGCAAGAGGAGAAAAGACAGUUGGCCUCGCAGCUGAAACACCAGAGAGCGACAGCCCAGAACGACGCGUGCGGUGUGAGGAAGCGGUCCUACAGUGCGGGGAACGCGUCGCAGCUGGAGCGGCUCUCCAGGGCCCGGCGCAGUAGCGGCGGAGGUGAACUGUACAUCGACUACGAGGAGGACGAGAUGGAACGCGUGGAACAGAGCGCGCAGAGCAUCAGGGAGUUCCGGCAGCUCGCGGCAGACAUGCAGGCCCUGGAGCGGAAGAUCCAGGACAGCAGCUGCGAGGCCUCCUCGGGGCCCCGGGAGGACGGGGAGAGCCGGUCCGUGGCUGUGGGUGCCGACGAGACCAUGGACCGCGUGGUCGUGUACCGCAGGGGCUCCGCGUCCCGGAAGGACGCCGCCGUCGGGACGGCCACCGAGUCGAGGAACUGUGGGGUCGGCGUGACAGAGGCCAUGCUUGGCGUGACCACGGAAGCGGACAAGGAAAUAGAGCUGCAGCAGCAGACCAUAGAGGCCUUGAAGGAGAAGAUCUACCGCCUGGAAGUGCAACUGAAAGAAACCACCCAUGACCGCGAGAUGACUAGACUCAAGCAAGAGCUGCAGGCCGCGGGGUCGAGGAAGAAGGCGGACAAAGCCGUGACGGCCCAGCCGCUGGUUCUCAGCAAGAUGGUGGAGGCGGUGGUGGCCACCAGAGACCAGACGGCUGGCCAUCACGUGGACCUGGCGGAUGCCUGUGUCGGGAGCGCCGUGCAGAUGCACAGCCUGGGCGUCUCCUGCCGGCCCCGUUGUGAGAGCAGGCUCGUGGGGCCCGAGCUGCCCAUGAAUUGGUGGAUUGUCAAGGAGAGGGUGGAAACGCACGAGCAGGGUACUGGGAGGUCCGUGGAGACGUGCGACAAGAGCGUGGGUGUGGAAAUCAGCGUCUGCGAAACGGGCAGCAACACGGAGGAGUCCGUGCACGAUCUGUCGCUCCUCAAGACCAACCUGAAUCUCAAAGAAGUGCGAUCCAUCGGCUGCGGGGAUUGUUCCGUUGACGUGACUGUCUGCCCCCCGAAGGAGCUCACGUCCCGGAGCGUGAACACGGAGGCCGCUGGCCAGGUGGAGGCUGCUGUCAUGGCGGUGCCUCGUACCGCGAGCCGGCACACCAGCACGGUUUGGGAGCAGGUGGACCGGUGCACCAACACCGAGGUGGUUACCCUUGUGGAAUCCUGCACCAGCACUUCCCUCAGCACUUUGGACAAGCAGACCAGCACUCAGACCGUGGAGAUGCGGACGGUGGCCGUAGGAGAAGGCCGCGUGAAGGAUAUCAAUUCCUCCACCAACACACGGUCCAUCGGAGUUGGAACCGUGCUCUCUGGCACUUCUGGGUUUGACAGGCCGUCGGCCGUGAAGACCAGAGAGUCAGGCGUGGGGCAGAUAAAUAUUAAUGACAAUUAUCUGGUUGGUCUCAAAAUGAGGACCAUCGCCUGUGGCCCUCCGCAGUUGACUCUGGGGCUGGCAGCCAGCAGGAGGAGCGUCGGCGUAGGAGAUGGGCCUGUUGGCGAGUUCGCGGAGAGCCCCCUGCCCCAGGCUCCUGCUGGAAUGGUGACCGGCUUGGAUCACUACAUUGAGCGGGUCCAGAAGUUGCUGGCUGAGCAGCAGACACUGCUGGCUGAGAACUACAGCGAGCUGGCAGAGGCUUUUGGGGAGCCGCACUCGCAGAUCGGCUCUCUGAACUCGCAGCUCAUUAGCACCCUGUCCUCGAUCAACUCAGUCAUGAAGUCCGCAAGUACGGAGGAGCUGAGGAACCCUGACUUCCCAAGAAUGAGUCUGGGUAAAGUCACAGGCAGUAGUCUGGAAUACCCCUGUAAGUGCGGAGGCCUUCAGUCAGGAGGACCGUUCAACACCCAGACAUCCCGGCAUGAGCAAGAAGCGGGGACCACGGAAGGGAGACCCCUCGGCGGCCAGGACGCCUUCCCCUCUCAGGAAAGCGCGCUGUCUCCCGUGAACCUGACCGACGACCAGAUAGCCGCCGGCCUCUAUGUAUGUACCAACAGUGAAAGCACGCUGAAGUCGAUCAUGAAGAAGAAGGAUGGCAACAGAGAUUCAAAUGGAGCAAAGAAGAAUCUGCAGUUUGUUGGCAUUAACGGAGGGUAUGAAACAACUUCAAGUGAUGAUUCCAGCUCAGAUGAAAGCUCUUCCUCCGAGUCAGAUGACGAGUGUGACGUCAUUGAGUAUCCUCCUGAGGAAGAGGAGGAGGAAGAGGAGGACGAAGACACUCGGGGAAUGGCGGAAGGGCACCAUGCAGUUAAUAUGGAAGGUUUCAAGUCCACCAGGGUGGAAGAUGAAAUGCAGGUUCCAGAAUGUGAACCUGAGAAGGUGGAAAUCAGAGAGAGGUAUGAAUUAAGUGAAAAGAUGUUAUCUGCAUGCAACUUACUGAAAAAUAACAUAAAUGACCCCAAAGCUUUGACCAGCAAGGACAUGCGGUCCUGUCUGAACACCCUGCAGCACGAGUGGUUCCGCGUAUCCAGUCAGAAGUCAGCCUGCCCGGCCAUGGUGGGGGACUACAUAGCUGCUUUUGAGGCCGUCUCCCCGGACGUCCUGCGCCACAUCAUCAACAUGGCGGAUGGCAACGGCAACACGGCCCUCCAUUACAGCGUGUCACAUUCCAAUUUCGAGAUCGUGAAGCUGCUCUUGGACGCCGACGUGUGUAACGUGGACCACCAGAACAAGGCGGGAUACACCCCCAUCAUGCUGGCAGCCCUUGCCGCGGUGGAAGCAGAGAAGGACAUGCGUGUUGUGGAAGAGCUCUUCGGCUGCGGGGACGUCAAUGCCAAAGCCAGCCAGGCGGGACAGACAGCCCUCAUGCUGGCGGUCAGUCACGGGCGGAUCGACAUGGUGAAGGGCCUGCUGGCCUGCGGGGCCGACGUCAACAUCCAGGACGACGAGGGCUCCACUGCCCUCAUGUGUGCCAGUGAGCACGGGCAUGUGGAGAUCGUCAAGCUGCUGCUGGCCCAGCCGGGCUGCAAUGGCCACCUGGAAGACAACGACGGCAGCACGGCACUCUCGAUAGCCCUGGAGGCGGGACACAAGGACAUCGCCGUUCUCCUGUACGCCCAUGUCAACUUCGCGAAGGCCCAGUCUCCGGGCACCCCCAGGCUUGGAAGGAAGACAUCUCCUGGCCCCACCCACCGGAGUUCAUUUGACUGAUUAUAUGCAAAUAGCCGUCCAUUUACAUGCCACCACUAAGCUGCUAAUUGUUCCUCUUGGGGUGACAGAUACUGAAUGUAUGCGUGCUGUGCCUGAGCUCACCAGCAAACAGAACGGGUAAGCCAGGGCGGAAGCCUGGAGCUGCACGGUGGGGGCGGAGCCAGCAGGGGCCGCCCGGCACACCCCGCCUCCCACCUGGCCGCCUUCCCUGUGCGCGGGGGCGCGCCCACCCCCGUCUCUGUUGCUGUCGAGUCUCUGCUCCGUUAUGUACAGUCGUAGGAUACGGUGACCUGACCUGAGCGGGCAGCCCCUACUCCCUUCUCUCGCCCUCGCCACUGCCAAGAAGCGUCAGGUUCUCACUGGCUUGGCGGUCUUACAAUUGUCCGCAAGUAUUUAUAUUUACCCCUUGUGGAGCCAUUGGAAAGCUCUGAAAAUCCCAUUCCGGGAGGGUUUUGUUGAUUUUCCUUUUGUCUUCACCAUUGGAAAGUGAGGGAGUGGAGAUGACCAAUCGUCAGCACCUUGGGCCUGGCCUGGUAGAUUCCUGGUUUAAAAAUAGAAGACAGAACUCUCCGAAAGUACAAAACUUAAUGAAAAGAAAGCUUUUCGGUUGGGUUUAUCUGGGUGGGUGUAUUAUAUGACUUUUUAUAUAAAAGGCAUCUAUAUAAAAUUGACACAGUAUUUUCACCUUUUAUAUUCCGUCGUCAUUGAGACAUGAAGAAGUACGUGUAACAUUACCAUGUUUUUAAUUAAUAAUUGCACAAAUCUGUACCUAAUGUCAAGGGUUGAAUCACGUUAGAGGAAUUGGCUAUAUAUUUGCCUCUAGAGAAACAUAGUGUAGUUCUCCAGGUAUUUAUGGAUUCCUUUAUACCAUGUCACGUUUACUUUGGUCUUAAAUGUAUUUAAAUGUUUGAAGUGCCUUAGACUCUUGCCAUAUUUUCAAAAUAAAAUUUCAUUAAGUGCU